AGGAGCGACGGGAGAGCAACUAUCACUCCUAUAUCACUAUACCAUCACUCUCAUCGGCAUCUCCCCGGCGACUAUAACGCCUCUGUGUGACAGACUCACGUAAGGAGAUGAACUUGUGCGGAGUGUCAUCAACCCGGUGUCGCUUUGGGGGAAUUACGCACUUCUGAUGACUUUCUCCUCAGUCUGGUUCUGAGAUGGGACUCAACGAGAUCAUGGCAAGUUGGAGCACGUCCUUAUUACGCGAGCCCUGUUUUCUAGCGCGGUUUCGGAGGGUUGGCUCUGCGGAGUGGCAGCAUAUCUCCUCACUCAUUCUUUAGCGUGUUUGUGCGCGGGUACCCGGACAGAAGACUUAUAAGGAUUGCCCUGUUUGGUGUGAAAACAAAACGCCUUGGAGUUGAAACAGAAAGUGACAAAGCUCUACUAUCGCCUCACCUGGACUCUGUACAGCUACCAAAGAUCAUGCCAUCGCGGUUAUAGAUUUGGAGCCUUCUUCUGUUUGAGGUGAGGAAAAGGUGGAAGCAGGAGGAAGAAGAAAAGGAGGAGGUGAUUUGAGGUGGUGCGCGUGAAUGCAGCCAUGGCCUGUAGCCGCUGUUCAUAAAGAAGCCACACAGUGGAAGCGAGACCAAAGGAGACAGAUGACCAACAGGAUGAAACUGAGGGGGAGGUCAGCUUGGCCUUGGCAGGUGGCCUUCCUUGUUGCCUUGGUGAUGCUCUACGUUGACCCAGUGUCUGCUGGCAACCGUAACCAUCGGGGACCGACAGCAUCAUACCAAGUGAAGCAGGGGACAUGUGAGGUGGUGGCGGUGCAUCGCUGCUGUAAUAAGAAUAAGAUUGAGGAGCGUUCUCAAACCGUCAAGUGUUCCUGUUUCCCGGGGCAGGUCGCUGGCACGACCAGAGCCAGACCCUCCUGUGUGGAAGCGUCCAUUGUAGCCCAGAAGUGGUGGUGUCAAAUGCAGCCAUGUAUGGAUGGGGAGGAGUGUAAGGUCCUUCCUGACCUGACCGGUUGGUCCUGCAGCACUGGCAACAAAGUCAAAACCACCAAAGUCACCCGAUAGCAAGAGAGCCACCGAGCCAUGAGGAAACAUGAAGCUUUCCAUGUGGAAAGGAUGGAUGACUCACACAUAUUGUAUUUACUGUAAGAUGCGGGAAAGGAAAGGACUGCUGUCAAGAUAUCCAUCACAAAAUAAUGGGAUUAAACGUACUCAUCACAAACUAUGUUCACUUGGCAACAUGGAGCCACGUGUACAGCAUAUGUAAUAUGCUGGUUGUUGAGACCAAUGGACUACAAUCAGGGUACCAGUGGACAAUAAGGGGAGUCUUUUUUUCCAAUAAUGAACAGUUUGGAUUAAUCAGAAACGUUUGAUUUCAAACUCCAAUUAAGCAUUUCAAAGUAUAUAUUUCAACAAAGCUUUUUGGGACGAGCGUAAGAUGUGAACUGAGAGUGUUGCUGGACACGGUUCAGACCUGUUGAACAUAUACCGGAAACACUGGCGGCAGUCUGGAUGGGUACAUGAGAGUUAGCAGCUUAUAACUAGCAAAUAGCAAAUUAGAUUUAAACGGCUCUUGUGGGUCAAGUCACUACCACAAAGACUGUUUUGCGGGAGUCAUUUUGCAGUUCUAAUUAGGAAUUGCAAUAGGAUCAUAACAACAUAUUAAAAAUUCAUGUAAGAUAUUUGCACUAGUCGAAGCCGUUUGGGAAUGUUUUGUUUUUCUAGAUAUCGCCCAUCUUUUUGCUGUGGAUGUCACAUGAAACUGAAGGUGAGCAUUUUGUAAAAUGUCUGACACUUGAAGUAGAUAAAUAUGUAUAUCACACCUCACUCAUUCUGAGUAGUUAUUUGUUUAAAAAAAAAAAGGCUCAGACUGUCGAGCUUCACUUACAUACA